GGUAGGAUUACUCAAGGUAAAGACCUAGCAGGCUCGUGGGUCGAGAAGAGACCAGCGGCAACCUGCAGCAGAAGAAGGCGCUGGAAUCCACCGGCCCUUUCAACCCCUGCCGCCGGCACCGCCCGACCGCCGAGGCCUCAUCAGACGUCUUCCCCGUUACAUCCACAUAACAUUCCCAAAGUUAACGUUCCUUCACACAGUUCACUCUUCUUACCUUUUCUCUUCUUUUGAAUGAUGGAGGGACCUUCGAAAAGUGGGUUCCGGGAGAUCGGAAGAAGAGAGCUCGGCUUCUUGCCGCCUCUACUCUUCGCUCGCCGCGUCGGCGGUUCUGAGGCACUUGUAAAGCGUUUGAGUCUAUAUGGGAAGUUACAUGGCCAUAAGGGUUGUGUCAAUACAGUGCAUUUCAAUCCUAGUGGUGACCUUCUUGUUACGGGUUCUGAUGAUAGAAAAAUCAUAAUUUGGGACUGGGCAGCCAAAACUAAGAAGUUCGCAUAUCCUUCUGGGCAUUUGGAGAAUGUCUUCCAGGCUCGAAUCAUGCCAUUCACUGAUGAUCGUACGAUAGUGACUUCAGCAGCAGAUGGUCAGGUGAUUGUUGGUCAAAUCAUGGGGAAUGGUCAAGUGAGUACCAAACAUCUUGGGACACAUCGUGGUCGUGUACACAAACUUGCCAUCGAGCCCGGCAGUCCUCACAUAUUUUACAGCUGCGGUGAGGAUGGCUUAGUACAACAUUAUGACUUACGAAGCAGCUCUGCAACCAAACUUUUCUACUGCUCCUCGUUCUCAGAGAACAAACAGCCCAUACCGCUGAAUGCUAUUGUGAUAGACCCGCGAAAUCCUAAUUACUUUUCACUGGGGGGCUUUGAUGAAUAUGCUCGUAUCUAUGACAUAAGGAAUUACCACAUUGAUGCGUUGAGUAGCUCAGACCGACCUGUCGAUAUCUUUUGUCCUCGACACCUGAUUGGCUCUGACAAUGCCCACAUUACUGGACUUGCCUAUUCUAACACAAGCGAGUUACUUGUCUCCUACAAUGAUGAGCUUAUUUACCUAUUCAGGAAAGGAAUGGGUCUUGGUCCAAAUCCUCGGUCCAGCCCAGUUGAGGAAUCAGAAAAGCUUGAUAAGCCACAGGUAUAUUCAGGUCAUAGAAAUUCAAAGACUGUGAAGGGAGUCAAUUUCUUUGGACCCAAUGAUGAAUAUGUCGCGAGUGGUUCAGACUGUGGCCGUGUUUACAUAUGGAGGAAGAAGGGCGGUGAACUUAUGGCAAUGAUGGUUGGUGAUAAACAUAUAGUUAACUGUGUUGAACCCCAUCCUUAUUUUCCUUUUCUGGCUACUAGUGGAUUUGAUAAAAACGUGAAGAUUUGGACUCCUACGGCAAGCGAGUCAGUUCCACUGCCCGAAAAUGCAAAAGAGGUAAUGGCAGCAAAUAAGCGUGGAAGAGAGGCACGCGCACAGGUAGCCCUCUCGCCUGAUGUCAUUAUGCAUGUUUUGAGGUUACAUAGAAGACAAGCUUCAGCUUAUGUUGAGCCCCAGCCAUCGACGACUGAUCUUGAAAGUGACAACGAUGAUGAAAGAGAGGCUCUCCUUGUAGGAUAUACAGGUGCUGAUGCUGAUUCCGAAGAAAAUUCAGAUGGAGAUCCUAGAGACUGCAUUGUUAGCUAAAACAUGGCUGCGGACAUUGAAUGAAAUGCCAUACUUAGGGGACUUUUUUUUAUAAAUAAUAAUAAAUAAUGAAAAUUUGUAAAUAUUCCGCUGCAAGAGUGUUCUUGACCAAAGAAGUUAAGUUAUGAGUAUGUGUACAAAGUUUCUUACAGUUUUCUAGUUUUUGUAUGCUAGAAAAACUUGUUUUAGGCUUGUCUCCCUCUCUAAAUGGCUUGUUUUUUCUUCUCUUUUCUUUUCUUUUUUUUUUUUAAUUAUAUGAAUGUGAAUUAAUGUAAUUUAAACAGAAUUGUAUAUGAUAGUUAGGUAAUAAGAAAAAACAAACAUAUGGGAAUGUUUGUCAUAAUUGUGGACA